AUGUCUGCUAUAGAGGAUGCUAAACGUGCGGCGGCGCGGGAAGCUGUUGCCAACCAUUAUCCUCAAAAUCCCAAAUUCGUUGGCAUUGGGAGCGGUACAACCAUCGUCUACGUUGUUGAGGCCAUCAAAGCCCUUGGCAUUGACACCUCCUCCACCUCAUUCGUGCCCACUGGUUUCCAAUCAAAUCAACUCAUUGUCAAUGCAGGGUUGACACCCAUUGCCUUUGAUGCGCUUCCAGAGGGCGCCGUUCUGGAUAUUGCGUUUGAUGGUGCCGACGAAGUCGACGAUGAUCUGAACUGUAUCAAGGGCGGUGGUGCGUGCUUGUUUCAAGAAAAAGUGGUUGCCCUGCAAGCAAAGGAGUUCAUUGUUGUUGCUGACUACCGAAAACUCCAACCACGACUUUUGACUGCCUGGCCUUCGAUACCCAUUGAAGUCGCACCUCUCGCCUCUCGCAGAGUUAUCACGGCCCUCCAAGCCCUUGGAAGCCCAGAACCCAAGCUCCGCCAAUCGUUGAUUUCUCAAGAAGGCCCUGUGAAGACAGACCAGAGCUUCUUCCUCAUCGACGCGCCGUUCCCACAGCUCCUUACUUCCUCGGACAUCCAAAGUGGAAAGACUGCUUCUGCGAAGGAAGGUAUUUGGGAGGUUGAAACAUUAGCGAAGGAGAUUAAACAAAUUCCAGGUGUACUGGAAGUUGGCUUGUUUUACGGACCUACUGGACCACAAGCACAGGCUACUGGUGGAGUCGGUGGCCAGAAACCGAUCGCUGCAUAUUUUGGAAUGGCCGAUGGCUCAGUCAGUGUUAGAAAAGUAAAGUAG